UAUUUGCACUGAGUUUCCUGCAGAUGCACUCGCCUGUUAUCAACAUCAUCUCUUCUCAUGCAAGAACCAAUCCAGAUCCAAACAGAGAACCUAUGCUCCUUUUCCAAACAAUACCUCUCCUCUUUAUAGCUGCUUGAACAUCCAAACUAGCAUUUGGGACGAUUCCCAAGCCCUGCCUAGAUCUCCUAGACAAGAUAUUAAUAAUGAUAAACUCAGUUGUGUUCCCAAUGUAACACCUGCUGCAAGAGUGGGAGAAGCACAGGACUCUCAGGGUUAAGAUGAUGAUUUGUGCCUCCCUGGACAUCUUUAUUUAAGCAUCUUUAGGAGACUGUCUUUGGGAAAUUGUAGCAGAUCGGGGGAGUGGACAUUUCAGCAUCUCCGCAGCAACUUUUCUUUCUGUGGAUUUCAUUGUGUGCUGCUUUUGUCGUCUGACACCACUGCUUUUGUCGUCUGACACCACUACUGUCUCAGGAAGAAAACAGCUUGUCCUCUCACAUCCCCCUAAGAAGAGAGACAGGCAAGGGACACGCAGCAGGAUGCCUGGCAGUGCACGCUGUAUGGUGCAGGCUCAGCUAGUGAGCAGGCUGGGCUGAGACAAGCACAUUCUAAAUCUGAGUUGUGGUGUGGCCAGGUCCAGUCCCAUAGCAUCGGAGAUCCUCUCCCACACUCGGGGAAAGGUCUGCAGGCACUAGGACAGCAUGGGUCAAUCUGGCUAAAGGAUUACAGGAAAACACAGGAGACCGUUCAUUCUGUUCCAGACACGCCCUGGAGACACCAGAAGUGGAUUAUUGCAGAGGGGCAACUUUCUACCUCUGGCACUAAACCCACUCCUAGGUCAGGAUGGCACCUGCAGGGUGGGCACUCUGUUUACUCUCCCUCUUGCAAGUGGCCUCUGGACUUUAUUUUCUAACAAAGGACUAUGACGAGAAUUUAUAUGUGGAUCAACCGGCUGGCACACUACUCCUACACAUCCAUGUGAUGAAGGACUCACCACAUGAGACACCUCACUUCAGACUCUGUCCAAAUAGUUAUUUAAGUAGAAUCUCUUUCUACCAUUGGUUCUGGAUAGAUGAGCAUACAGGGAUCCUCUACCUCAACCGGAGUCUUGACAGGAGCGACUAUGAAGUCUUCGCCCAAGGAAGUUCAUUAGCCGUUCAGAAGAUAAUUCUAAAGGUGUCAACAAAGCCACAACCAUUUUUAGAUAAUAACUGUGACAAUGCACCCUUCACUAGGGUUCAUCUUACCUUUAGAAACAUUACAUCCUCCAUCUGUUCCUCGCUUAAACCAAAGGACUUGUGCUUCAAUGACAAAGAUCUCUCGUUCCACAUAAAGGAAAACAAACCACCUGGAAAACUGUACAAAUUUCACCCCCGGCCUAUUGUACAGUCCUGUCCCAAUGUCAGCGUGAGUUACAUGCUAAUUUCAGACCACAGUUACCCAUUUCGGUUCAAUCCCAAUACCUCUGAAGUGAGCCUUACACAUACUAUGGACCGAGAGGAGAGGGAGAAUUAUGAUCUUGUGGCCAAAUGCUUGCUGAGGGAUUCCACCUCAGAGGUGGAGGUAGAAAAAUCUUUUCAGAUCAAAGUGGAUGAUGAAGAUGACACAGCCCCAUUUCUCCCUAAUGGAACAGACACUGCUAAUGUGGUUGUGGAGUUCAAAAGAAAGAAUGGGACUGUCCUUGGCAUGCUGACUGUGUGGGAUGCCGACUCCACACCUGUGUAUCCUGCAGAAGCCAGUUUUAAGAAAUACGCAAAGACCAUUGUCAACAAUGAUCGGUUCAUUCUGGAAAACUUCCGGGUGGAGCACAGCUUUAGGGAGGUGAAAUUCCAGCCAAAAGGAAACUUAAUCCGUGGAACGCUCCAUGAAUACAGGUUAGUCCUGAACAAGACCAUGCCUAUUACCAGAAAUGGAUCUCUUCUUGUUAGUGUUCUGGUGAAUGACACUGAAUUUCAUGGACCAAAUGGAGAUGUGAUGUUGUACUUCAAUGUGACAAUCCUACCAGUGGAAAUUAGAUUCCCAAAUAUUUCAUACCAGUAUACUGUCAACCGAAAUGCAGACCGCUAUGCUCAGAUUGAAAAAAUCUGCAUAGAAAAUUGCAAGCUUUUUGAAGGAGUCAAUGUUAACUACAGGCUGCAAACAGACAAUAAUACUCGUGCCUUUUCAAUUAUUCAAGGAAGAGAGAGCACCUUUGCUACUCUUAUUGUCAAUGACUCUGAUGCACUGGCAACCCAUGAGAGCAAAGAAGUUGUCUGUACGGUGUUUGCCACAAACAAGCACCUGAAGGAACCGGUCAAGACACAAAUCAUUAUAGUGUUAGAAGGAACACCUUUGAAAAAUGAAGAUAAUUGUCCCCGAUCCUGUUCAGAGAGCAAGCAGAAGUCUGAAUGUGAGGAGUGUGGGGGAUUGGGCUCCCUCACUGGAAGGUGUCAGUGGAGACAGGGACAUGGAGAAGGGAUCACAACAAACUAUUCUACCUGCACACCUAGUCUUUUAACGUGUCCUGAUGGAGUCUGCGAUGCUGUGGAAAGUAACAAUUCAACAAUAUGUCCCCAGGACUGCACCACAGAGAUAACCAUCAUUGGUGGACAUGAAAAAGGAGCUCUCUCAGGGAUAAAAGCUGGAUAUGGCACCUGUUUUUGCCUUCUGCCUGAUAAAUGCUUCUGUGAAAAAAAUAUUGUCGAAGGACCAUUGUGUGAUGACACCUGCAAGACUGUGAUAGCAUGUGGAGUCUUCCUAUCCUUCAUAAUCUCUGUUCUACUUUCUUCAUACUUCAUUCAUCGAUACCAUAAAAACUCUCCAAAACCCCCAAUUGCUUCUGCUGAAAUGACCUUCCGCCGCCCUGCCCAGUCUUAUCCAGUGAGCUACUCUUCGAACAAUGCCAGACGCCCAUCACUAGACUCCAUGGAGAAUCAGGUGUCAGUGGAUACAUUUAAAAUACCGGAGGAUCCUAAGUGGGAAUUCCCACGUAAAAAUCUGGUUUUGGGGAAGACUCUUGGUGAAGGAGAAUUUGGCAAAGUUGUAAAAGCAACUGCAUUUAGACUGAAGGGUAAAGCUGGUUACACUACAGUGGCGGUAAAGAUGCUAAAAGAGAGUGCAUCCCAGAGUGAGCUGCGAGAUCUUCUGUCAGAGUUCAAUCUUCUGAAACAGGUCAAUCAUCCUCAUGUGAUCAAACUUUAUGGGGCUUGUACACAGGAUGGUCCUUUGCACCUCAUUGUAGAAUAUGCAAAAUAUGGCUCGCUGCGCAGUUUUCUAAGGGAAAGUCGCAAAGUGGGGCCUAGCUCUUUGGGAGGAGAUUCAAAUCGAAACUCCAGCUACCUGGAUAACCCAGAUGAAAGGGCACUUACAAUGGGUGAUCUAAUCUCAUUUGCUUGGCAAAUAUCCAGGGGAAUGCAGUAUCUAGCAGAAAUGAAGCUUGUCCAUCGAGACUUGGCAGCCCGAAAUGUGUUGGUCGCAGAAGGACGCAAAAUGAAAAUCUCCGAUUUUGGUCUUUCCAGAGAUGUUUAUGAGGAAGAUUCCUAUGUAAAGAGAAGCAAGGGUAGAAUACCUGUAAAAUGGAUGGCUAUAGAAUCCCUGUUUGACCACAUUUAUACAACACAAAGUGAUGUGUGGUCCUUUGGAGUGCUCCUGUGGGAGAUUGUAACCUUGGGAGGAAAUCCAUAUCCGGGCAUUGCUCCUGAGAGGCUCUUUAAUCUCCUAAAAACAGGUUAUAGAAUGGAGAAACCAGAAAACUGCAGUGAUGAAAUGUACAAUCUUAUGCUUAAGUGCUGGAAACAGGAGCCUGACAAGAGACCAACAUUUGGCGAAAUCAGUAAGGAACUAGAGAAGAUGAUGGUGAAAAGCAGGGAUUAUUUAGACUUGGCUGCAUCCACACCUGCUGACUCCUUGCUGUAUGAUGAUGGCCUUUCUGAAGAGGAGACCCCUCUGGUGGACUGUAAUAAUGCCCCACUUCCUCGAACUCUCCCUUCUACCUGGAUAGAAAACAAACUCUAUGGCAUGUCCUAUCCGAACUGGUCUGAAGAAAGCCCCGUUCCAAUCCCGAGAUUCGAUGCCAAUAAGUCUGUUUUUUCAAGAUAUGCCAAUGACUGUGUUUAUGCUAAUUGGAUGAUUCCACCCUCAACGGCAAAAUUUAUGGAGAAGUUUGAUAGCUAAAAUGCAUUUUUAUCCCCAGAAGGUAACAUAAUAAUGAUUGGGGGAGAAAUGAAAACACGCAAAGAAUGAAUGGAAAGUCCAUUGGCUGGUUCUUUGUGCCAGUGAAGUGGUUAAAUCAACGUUGCUUUUGUGUGUCAAUUUGCGCCAAUUUUUCUUGGCUUUAUCUAUCUCAAACUGCUGGAGGGGGCUGCCUCAACUUUCUUCAACAUACAAUAUGUUGCUACCCCUGCAGUAGUGGAAGGGGUCUGUCUAAUUUCUCCAAAGCAUAUCAAGUCUGUAAUCCAAAACUCAGUAGAAACUUUUGUAUAUGCUGUUGUUGCACAAAUACUAUGUAUUCGGUACACUCUUGUACGUGUUGCUGUAAAAAAAGAGAGUCUACUUUUUUUCCUUUAAAUCAUGUGUUAAUUUAAAAAUGUAUUUUAAGAUGUACAUUGUCUUCUUAUUGUUAAAUGAUUAUUUUGGAACAGGUAGCAGCAGAGACAGCUAGUUCUGCAUAAAAUAUGUGUUGGGAUUCCCAAAAUAAUGCAUAUUUGUACACAGAUAUCACUGUUAUAUAUGAAAUAUGCCUCCUUUCAUUAAGUAAUGCAUCAUACUCACAUGCCACAAUUUGUGUUACAAUGAAUACUUAACUAUGAGAGAAUACAAAGAAGUAGAACUAAACUGAUUUUGCUUAGUCAGUUAAGGGAGAUACUCUCCUUAGAAAAAGUAACCAAGUAACCUCAUAUAUGACAAUAAUUUAACGAAAAUACAUAGAUAAUGGUUUCUUAACCUGGUCCCAGUUUUGUGAACCCAAAAUAGUCAGAAUCAGUUUCGCAACUCAUUUUAUUUGUUCUUUUAAUAACAAGUAGCAAUUUUAUUCUAUUUAAGAGGAUCAAAAAGACCCUAAGCAGCAUGGGGACCCAUAUUUGGUUCCAGACCCAUAGGUUAGGAAUUCCUGAUAUAGAUCAUGUGUGUUUAUAUUAACGCAAUCUUAGACUCUUUAGUCUGUCACUGGUGGUGGUGUUGCACUAAGAAAGUCAUUCAUAGUGCUGUUGCAAGCAAAUGGUUACAAGUACAAUUUCAUUGAAGGAGAGGUGUUCAUUUUCAUUACAAAAUACUCAAAACAAAUUCAAGUUUAAGUAUUUUUUCUUCUCACGUUAAUUUUUAUAUGUAUUUUUUUAAUACAGAAAAUGUAUAUUUUGUAUAUUGUUUUCACUCCCAAAAGUUUUUUGCUUUAAUGAAAGGUGCUCAUGGUGAACCUGCUGAAAUAUUACUAUUGGUCAUGUGUGGUGGGAGGAUUUUAUGGGCUUGCUAUUUUGAAACUCAGCAUUAUUACACUACUGACUAAAUAAUUAAACACAGUGGAUACUUAUUUGUCAGAUUGAGCAUCACAGGGCACUUAGGAAAGAUCUAUCUGUAAUAUAAAGGUUGGUCACAGAUGGAUAUAAGUUGCACCUCAGCAAAUAGUUGAGGACACCUACUAAUUUCAAACUUCUAGUCCUUUGAAAGGCUCUAAGUUUGUAAUGCUUACUUUUAGGUUAUGAUAUUAAGCCUAUAGGCACAUUUCUUUUUUUAUUAAGAAGUCACAAUGGUUAAAAUCCAAAUUUGAAGGCAAAUAAAACAGUGUUUAUAAUCAUAACUGAACCAUUGGCCUUUUAGUUGUUUUUUUUAUAGUUUUCAGUUCAUAAUUCCAAAAGUCUGCUAAGUUAUAUGUCUGUGGAUUUAGAUUUAGUUUCUAAAAUGUUUGUGAAGUGUUCAAUUCCUUAAAUAUAGAAAGGGAAAAAUGGCAGAAAGUUCUCCAACUUUGAAAGGGACAAUAACAUCUUUUUUUGCCCCCGGUAAGGUUUUUCAUACUUGUGCAUCUCAUCUCAUUUAUUACAAUCAGAUCCUCUGUAAACAAUCACAAUAAUAAAACAAAAAAAAACUUUAUGUUGUAUUUGCUCAUAUAGUGUUCAUUAGCCAUAACAUUUAGGAGCUGUAUUACAAUACAUCAAUUCUAAAAACAGAAAACCAUGGCAAAAAUGUAAUUUGUGAUAAUUUUUAAGUAUCAUUUAUUUCUGUCACUAAACAUGUUUGAUCAUUAUCAGUUUAUUGUGUUCUGUAAUGUUCAUAGAAGAUAGAAGUCAGUUCACCUACCUUACUCGCUUAUAAAUUGUUCUUGUUCAUGCCAGUGAGAGUGCCACAUACAGUAAACAAUAUGCUUAUUUUUCUAUA